AUGACAACCCCUCAUUCAGCUAUAACCUACCGUUGGGAACAGAAUUCCGGCCGGCUGCGGUUGCAGGUCCGCCAGGCGACGAAGGCAGUGCGUAGUUACGACACCAUUGCGACGUCCACCGAGGGUCAUAGUGGAUUUGCCGUCCUUGAAGUUUCCAGAUGCAACGGUACACGGCACGGCAACGGCAAAGGCGACAGAGGGUGUGCAUACAUUUCACACGCGUGCUGGUGGCUUCCACGGUGGCACGAUCACCACACUGUGUACCGUUUCGUUAUCGAAUGUGUGAUUCACCGACUAAACGAGGAUAUGGUCGAAGUAAAGCUGCCCCCCCGCCCCACCGAUCCGUUAUGUCUAAUAAUCGGAAACAACUUGGUCAUGAUGUGUGCGCGAUCCGAGGAGAGCAGUUCCGGAACCACCGUGUCAGCUAACUAG